AUGGCCACACGAACGACACCGUAUAAAAUCGCCAUCUUCGGUCCUGGUGAUGCCGGUUGUAUAGUCAUCCGCGAAGCCACUCGCCUACCAGAAUUCCAGGUCGUCGGGGCCUUUGUGUUCUCCGACAAGAAGAAGGGCGUCGAUGUUGGAACUCUGGCGGGCAUCGAACCCCUUGGGGUCAAGGCUACCGGCGACUGGGACGAGUUCCUCAAGAUCGAUUGCGACGUGGUGGUCCACACAGCCUUAGACGCUCCCUUCCUGGACCCGCUCACUGACUUUGUGAGGCUCCUUGAGGCAGGCAAGAACGUCGUGACAAGCCAUCCGUACAGUUAUCUACCCGCUCGGGAUGCAGCUUUUGGAGAGGGUAUAAAGAAUGCAUGUAAACGAGGCAACGCGACGUUUCAUGCCACUGGGCUCAAUCCCGAUCUGAUGACCCAACGGGUAGUUACUUUACUAUCUGGCCUGUCUAACGAUAUCAAGCGCAUCGAAUUGAUGGAAUACUUCGACUGUCAGGAUCAAGCGAAUGCGAGCGUGUUGCAAGUAAUUGGCCUCGGAGGAGCCAUUGCGGAGACGAUCGAUGAGAAAAGUCCGGCCAUCUGGUACCAGAAGCAUUACAACCAUCAAAUGAUCCAUCAUGUUGGGAGGGAGUUUGGGGUCAAGAUUGAUCGAAUCGAAGCGACCAAGCAGUGCCUCGAGGCACCGGAAGACAUUGUCCGGCCCGUCAUGACCGUCAAGAAAGGCCAGACAGCCCUCAUUUCAUAUACUUCCACGGGCUAUACCGACGACGAUAAACCGUUCAUCAGCAUCAAAAUCACUUACUUCUUUGGUCAAGUGAUGAAGCCGGCAAAGCUUGAUAGAGACAAUGUAUACAUCAUCACCAUAGAAGGGAGACCGUCUUCACGCACGGUUCUGAGUCUGAAACCCUCCUAUCUUACUGACGCCACAACGAUCGAGGGCGAACCUGCAGCUCCGGCCUACCUGACCUUUGCGGUGGCUUUACUCCAAGCGGUGCCAAUGGUUGCGGAAGCUCCUCCGGGCUUCAAGGCUCCUGAUGUACCUGAAGUACAUUGGAAAAAGGACCAGAGAAUGCAUGUGGCUUCGUGCUACAAUGAGAUCUAG